GGAUUUAAAAUGAUUAAAGGUUGUCUUUACGAUUGGGAGGGGUUUGAGGGAAGUGUGAUGCGCUCUGCGGGCGAAAGCAUUUCGUAAGUAGUUUUCAUAUUAGUAAGUUCGUUAGACAUAGCAGUAGGGCUGCGAUGGGUAAUUGAAGUCUGGCAUAAACGUUUCGGGUGCCUUGAUAAUUGACUGAGCCAGGUCCUUCGUCGCCUGCUCAUUCCGCUCAGAAACUCGCUCCUGUCGCAGCUUUGAUGUUCUCCAUGAUUCAUGGCAUCGUUUUACGAGCUGAAGAGUGUCUGCUUGAUUCAAAAACUGGCCGUUUAAAGCGAAAUGGUUUUUUGGCUUUCCAUCCGGUACUUUGUAAAUAGAGAACCAUUUUUUAGUACUUUCGAGCAAUCCCGGCAUGUACCUCUUAGCAUCUUGAAUAUCUAAACAUGAAACCACAGUUGAACGACAACGUUCGUUAGCUUACCAUUCAUCUUCUCAGCUAGGGGAUCUUGGGUAUCAAUGACAAUAAUUUUCCAAUCGGUUUCUCCUUGAUCAAUGAGAGCCAAUGCACCCAGCAGCUUAACUUGCUUGAUUUGACCCGUUUUUCCUUUCGAGCCACCUAUGUCGCAGACAUCCAGAGGAUCACCGUCUCCUACGAGGCCGGUGAAUUGAUCUCUUUCCUUUUGGUUUUCCCAACUUUGGGGAAAGACGCCAUAAUUCCAUAUGUAGCCAUGGAAUGGGAAACAGUUUGGAACGUAUCUAAUUUUAUCAUUCUUCAUGUCAUAACGUAUUGGCUGAAGGGGAUCAUGGAUAGCAAUCUCACAUUUUGCCUGCGUCCAACGGGGUAUCUCAACAAUCUGUACAAUCAUUAGAACAUUGAACUAUAGAGGGUGUGGAGUCCAUUCUUAGUACCAUGUUGAAAGUCUUCUCGUCCGAGGCAAUAGGAACAUCAUGUAAAUAUGAAACAGGUUUCCCUUCCUUCAUACAAUAAACCCGGAAUUCUGGCGUAUGUAGCCUACCAAUUGCUUUCAAUUGGUAUUUAAACAAUGACCUGGCCAAGUUUGACAUCUAUGUAUUAUAUUCGAUCGUUAAUUUACUGUCAGAGUCGUACAAACAAAAAACCGACUCGUAGAGGCAAAAUAGUGGCGUCUUCGAAAUGAACCUUGCGUUUGCGUAAGAUACAGAUCCAAGGUCGAAGAAGGCGUAAAUGUAUAACUAAAAUUUGCUAAGUUGACCAAAAUCUUUGAAUCCGUUUUUAUUACUGUUGUACCCCUGCAUCCCAGACUUUGUGCAAAACAAUAUUUCUUCAAUUCAUCUAUAAGAGUUUUUUCGAGCCUUAAAUCAGUUUGCUGAUGUACAUACAACGUUCUUAAGUGACCCGUACAUCAUACAUUCAAACCUUCCAAGCUUCUGUACGAAGUCUUAGGAUUAAUUAUUAAACAAGCGUAUUCAUACCACGAUUAACGGUCUUCUGUGUUUCACAAUUCUGUCUUUUCUUUUUUAUUAUCAUUUUCCCUUCCCUGACUUAUAAAGUAUGGCCAUUAACGGCUUAGUCUGUCAAAGAUGCCACUCAUUCUUGAAUGUCAAGACAAACGACAGCGAAGAUUUAUCAAAGUUGAAGUUACUGGCAUCUCGGUAUAUCCAAGACAAUGCUUAUCCCUCAAGAAGAGACCAUGAAGAGUCUGGUGAGACCUCGCCUUCUUCUGAAGCAUUAGCUAAAACGGAGAAAGCAAUGAAGGAAACCAUUCAAGCCCGCAUCAAGCAGGACAAUUCUACAAAUGGUGCCCUUACCCCAAUUCUUGAGUCGUUCAUUAUGUUACCCAAUGAUGGAGAGGAACCUGAAGAGUUAGAUGACACUGUUGCAAACAACCUUCUUAGUCGUAAGAUGGAGAUCUAUAAUUACAUUUUUGAUGUUUUGUCUGAGAAAACAAAAAUUGAACACCCACUGUGCUCCGAUUGUGCUGAACUUCUCACAGAGGAAAUGGACAGACAGUUUGAGACAAUGAAAGCUGAACAGGAGGUUUACACAGAAUAUCAUAAGUUACUCUGUUCACGGACGGUGGAUGACAAUGCGUUGUUAGAGGCGAAUGAGAAAAUCCAAAAGAUUCAGAUAGAAAUCGACGCGAAAGGAGCCGAAGUUGAUGCCUUAAAGACAGAGGAGGAGAGCCUGUUACAACAGCUCAAGCAAGCAGAAGAAGAAGAAAGCCAACUCAUUGAAGAAAAUGCCGGUUUCUGGCAGGAUUUCAAUAAUUCACAGCUCGAGUUAGCCAAUCUCCAGCAGUCGAAUGACAGUAUCCACAUGAGAUUUGAAAUGCUGUCAACCUCCAUGGAGAAUCUUCAAAAACUCAACAUCUAUAGUGACAUAUUCUACAUCUCUCACUAUGCAGAAUCAGAAGAUGAUGGGUCCAUUGCAACUAUUAAUGGACUGCGUCUCGGGAAGCUUCCUAGUCAGAGAGUUUCAUGGUCUGAAAUUAAUGCUGCCUGGGGAAUGACUGUUCUUCUAAUGCAGGUCUUAGCGGAAAAGCUACACUUUGUUUCUGAAAAGUUUGAAUUAAAACCUUAUGGCAGUCAUUCCUACAUAUUAAAAAAGGAAGUAGAUGCCUCUGGAAAUAUUAAGGCUGCUAAGUUGAAUCUAUUUUCUUCGGGUGAGCUAAAGCUUUUUAUGCAUCGGCGUUUUGAUCAGGGCAUGGUGGCAUUUCUUGAUUAUAUGAAACACAUGGGUGAAUUCUGUUCGCGAAUUGACCCAGCAAUGGAGCUUCCUUAUGGAAUUGAGCAUGACAGGAUUGGUGGGAAAUGUAUCCGUCUUGCUUUCAAUCAAGACGAGACUUGGACAAAAGCAUUGAAGUUUAUGCUGACAAAUGUAAAAUUUAUUGAAGCUUAUGUUUCGUCACAAGACAAACAACAGCUUUUUUAAAUGAAUACGAAGAGGACGCACAUCUGUUUAUGAAUGCCCAACGCAACUAUUAACUUAUUGUACAGACUAUUAAUUAACGAAUGUAAUAAUAUAUAUUAAGACAA